UGGCACUCCGCUUCGCUCACUCUCCUGUACCUCUUUCACUCUCUUCCACUCCUGCAUUGCUGUGGAAGCAGAUGUUGAUACUCUAAUGCCAAUAUAUACUAUUUCCCUGUCGGUUGCAGGUGUUCGUUCCCAAGGAGGAUAGAAGAGAACACAACCGAGGCGUAGAACUCAUUCAACCGCUGCACUGCUUCUGAAUUCUAAACGGAUAGCGGCUUUGGAAAGAUACGGAAACAGAGAAGAGAAGAGGAGAGAGAGGGACACAGCAACGAGGAGAAAAUAGAGAGAGAGAGGGAAACAGCGAAGGGAGGAAGAAAGCAGAGCUGAGUGUGUUUACCACACCUGUGAUGCAGCGUUGUUUCUAGCAACUAAGACGCGCUGCGGGGAUACCAAUGUAAUGGCCAAGGAAUUGGACCCGGAGGAUGCGUGCUGCUGCUACUGAGCCAACUGGACUUUGAUGCAGAGGAGGCUUACUAACGGCGUAAAGAGACGCCCGGAGAAUAAAACAACCGGACAAAUAAAUCCGGGCUACUACUACUGCUCAUUUAUCCCUGCUCUUUGUCUUUUGAAAGUUAAACCGGAGAAGUGCGAGCGGUUUACAGCAGAGAAUGAUGCCGUUACACCUGACUCCCUUUGUCCGCGGGAGAUACAGCACGGCCACGUUGGUGAUGCUCUGUUGGCUGUUCCUCGCUGGAUUUACCUUCAUUGUUGGUACGGAGCACGUUGCCACGGCGACACUUCCUGCCUCCUUCAACGAUCUGUUACCUCACUUCCUGGUGGAGCCUGACGAUGAGUACAUAGUGAAGAACAAGCCCGUCACCCUGACCUGUCGCUCCACCCCGGCAACACAGAUCUACUUCAAAUGUAACGGGGAGUGGGUUCAUCAGGAUGAUCACCUGAUAGAUCGCACCGUGGACCCUGCAACAGGUCUGCCCAUCAUGCAGGUGAAGAUAGAUAUCUCCAGACAGCAGGUUGAGAAGAUCUUUGGUCUGGACGACUAUUGGUGCCAGUGUGUCGCCUGGAGCACUACGGGAACCCAGAAGAGCCAAAAGGCAUACGUCAGGAUCGCCUACCUGAGGAAGAACUUUGAGGAGGAGCCAAUGGGGAAGGAAGUAGCGUUGAACCAGGAAGUGUUGUUACGCUGUCAUCCUCCAGAGGGCGUACCACCAGCUGAGGUGGAGUGGCAGAGGAACGAGCAUGUGAUCGACCCGGUAAGCGACCCCAAUUUCUUGGUGACUGCGGACCGUAAUCUGAUCAUCAAACAGGCCAGGCUGGCGGACACGGCCAACUACACCUGCGUGGCCAAGAACAUUGUGGCUCGACGCAAGAGCUCCCCCGCCACCGUUCUGGUCUACGUGAACGGCGGUUGGUCUACCUGGACAACGUGGUCGGCGUGCAGCUCAGUUUGUGGGCGUGGCUGGCAGAGGAGGAGCCGCAGCUGCACCAAUCCCACGCCGCUGAACGGGGGCGUGGCAUGCGACGGACAGAAUGUCCAGAAAAGUGCCUGCACCGCGACCUGCCCAGUAGAUGGAGGUUGGAGUGAUUGGUCUAAUUGGUCUGAGUGCGGAGUGGACUGUUCCAUGUGGCGCAGUAGAGAGUGUACCCAGCCCUCGCCUGGCACCGGGGGCAAAGACUGCCAGGGCAUCGACCUCCAAUCACUCAACUGUACCAGCCAACAGUGUCUACAGACUGCCAAUGGAGUUGAGGAUGUAGCCCUUUAUGUGGGUAUUGUAGCCGUAGCUCUCUGUCUGACCCUCAUACUCAUCGUGGUGGUCCUGGUCUACCGCCGUAAGAAGGAAGGUCUGGACGCUGACGUAGCGGACUCGUCCAUCUUGACCACGGGCUUCCAGCCUAUGGGCAUCAAGCCUAGCAAGCCAGAGAACUCCCAUCUGCUUACCAUCCAGCCUGACCUCACCACCACCACUACCAGCUACCAAGGAACCCUGCACUCACGUCACGACGGCACCGCUAAGUUCUCAAUGACCAACGGUCCGCUCCUGGACCCCUUACCCAACGGGUCGCACCACACCCUACACAACGGGAAGUUAUCCUCUGACCCUGCUGAGUUUAUGACCCGGCUGUCCAAUCAGACGUACUUCAAGACGUUGCCGCGGGACGUGGCUAACACCUCGUAUGGGACAUUCAACUUCCUGGGGGGUAGACUCACCAUCCCCAACACAGGCAUCAGCCUGCUGAUCCCUCCAGAGGCCAUCCCCAGGGGAAAGAUCUAUGAGAUAUAUCUCACCGCUCAGAGGAAAGAAGAUUUAAGGUUACCCCUGGUGGGCUGCCAGACCCUGCUGAGUCCCAUAGUGAGCUGUGGUCCUCCGGGGGUGGUUCUGACGCGGCCCACAAUUCUCAGCAUGGACCAUUGUUCUGACGCCUGUCCUGAGAACUGGGCCAUCAGGCUGAAGAAACAGAACUACGAAGGUGUCUGGGAGGACGUCCUAAUGAUGGGAGAGGAGUUGAUCUCAGAGCCGUAUUACUGUCAGUUGGAGGCAGAGACGUGCAGAGUGUUCUCGGAGCAGUUGGGUCGUUUCUCUCUGGUGGGAGAAUCUCUAAACAUGGCCGCGGCUAAGCGUCUCCGCCUGGUGCUCUUCUCUGACGCAUACUGCUCUACCCUGGAGUAUAACAUCAGAGUCUACUGCAUGGAUGAUACACAAGACGUCUUCAAGGUAAGGAACCUAGAUUCACACACACCUUUAGAACACCCCCACAGAGGUGCUGUUUCUUCCUGUCUAUUAAAGGCUGAUUAUACAUCCUGCCUGAAAUGUGCCUCCCGGACGCUUGAGCGAUCGUGUGUGUGUGUGUGUGUGUCUGUGUGUGUGUGUGUGUGUGUGUGUGUGUGUGUGUGUGUGUGUGUGUGUGUGUGUGUGUGUGUGUGUGUGUGUGUGUGUGUGUGGGGG